UCUAUCAAUUGGAUCGCGUCAAUUUUUCCUUCUACUGCUUCAAGUUCCUUUUCUGUAUCCUUUCAUGGCGUCUCGAGGUAAUAAGCGGCCUUCUGUCACUAAUGGUUAUGAUAAUUUAGGCGUCUUGUCUAGGGUUUCCCGGUCUGUCUCCGAUUCCCAACUCGUCCAGCGGGCGAAAAGUACGGCUUCUGAUGCCGCAUUCGUCUCCCAAAAGCUCCUUCGUAGCACCGGUAAAGCUGCGUGGAUUGCAGGGACGACUUUUCUCAUCUUGGUGGUGCCGCUCAUCAUUGAAAUGGAUCGCGAACAGCAGUUCAAUGAGCUCGAGAUGCAGCAGGCGAGUUUACUUGGUGCUCCAGCCACCGCCUCUCCUAAAUGAUGAUCUACUUGAUGGCUUCAGAAGUUGUUCUAAAGAUCAGCCUUUCGGCAGGGAAAAGUAAAGUUUUGUAUGGAGAUGCUUCAUUCUACCCUUCUUAUGGCAUUCAUGGCUGAUACACAAUCCUCCCAUAUUCGAGGACAGGAUACCGUUUCUGAUAAGUUCUUUGAUCACCUAACUUGUAUUGCUCUCUCUUGGUAGCUUCUCUUAUUGGCAGUGGAAGUUUUUUUUGUAUUUCCCUUUGCAUAGUUUGUAUUCCUUUGUAGUUUAUAGUCUUUGAAUGCCACUUCCAUUGCCUAAAAUGUUUCUUAGUUCUCACUGUUGGAGGCUUCUUUCUGUAUAUGAUUUUGUUGUUUUAUCUGGAAAGUCUUUGAAUGCCUUUUGAAAUUAUGGCACCUCUGGUUGUCAGAACAUGGGACCAUAUUUCUUUGUUCAACUCUGAUAAUCCAUAAAUGUUCAUUGACUGAACAGAAGACAGAGUUCUGUUUG